AUGGCGCCUACUAAGCCAGCUACCCUUGCGUAUGCAAAAUUAGUGGAAGCCGGGCUAAUCGAACAUAUUGGACAAGAUCAAAAGGAGGGACCUCUGCCUGAAGCAACCAAGAACGGAACCCGAGAACUUAGUGUCUCACAGAAGAAAAAAUUGGUUGAACAGUUGAAGAGCCUAGUCAAAAGAGUGCAGCAGGCUGGGGACUCUGAUGUGCUUGAUAUUCCAGGUUAUAAGGGAAGUCAUGAAGAAGCGAAAGAGCUCUUGCGUGAUGUUCUGAAAGUAGCCCAAGAUGAAAACAUUGAUAAUGCGGCUACAGCUAUGAAAAGUAAGUUUGUUACAGUAUACAAUUUCAAGCUUGGGUGA